AGCAGUGCCGGGAAAUACAGCAGUGGAACUUCACUGGUCCUGAUGCUGGGGAUGAUUUCAGUAUUUGAACUAUGUUAAUCUACGUGAGUGUUUCCCAUCCUCGCUUCCUCAUUUGAGCUAACAUCAGCAGCACUCCGAGCCAAGAGAUCUUGUUUGUGAGUGUCUCUUUGGACCACUAAACCCCAGGUGAUUGUGGGAUUUGUCAGUACCGGGGUUUAUUAUUACUUUUUAUUUUUUUGAUGAUUUACACUGCGUUUCCAGGGUGGGAGGAUCCUAAAAGCUGACUGUUGGGUUUUUUUGUUUAUCUUCUGUCAAGCACGUAUCCAAUCCGGUUUUCUGCUUCCACUACUCACUCCUUAAGGGACACAAACGCCCCUAGUCCUUCACAAUGAAGUUCAACUUGUUCAGACAGCCUCAGGCUGUUGCCGCUGCAGAGCCGACAAGCGCCACCACUGUGACAAUGGCUCCCUCCCCGGUCUCAGCCUCCACCUCUGCCCCAGAUACUUCAGGCUCCAACAACACAGAGAUCAGCAAGAAUGACAUGUUUGAGGAGAUUAAAAGCAAAUUCUUAAAUGAAAUUGAUAAAAUCCCACUUCCUCCAUGGGCUUUGAUUGCUAUCGCUGUGGUGGCAGCAUUGCUCGUCCUCACUUGUUGUUUCUGCAUAAUCAAAAAAUGCUGCUGUAAGAAGAAGAAGAACAAGAAAGGGAAGAAGGGCAAGGACGGCUUUAACAUGAAGAACAUGCAGGGUGGUGAGAAACAACAGGACGACGAUGAUGAAGAAGAAGAAGGAGAGACUGGAAUGACAGAGGAGGAAAAGGAGGAGGAGGAGAAAGAACAAGAAAAACUGGGGAAACUCCAGUACUCCAUAGAUUAUGACUUUGAGAACACUAAGCUGACAGUCGGCAUUCUUCAAGCUGCAGAUCUCAUGUCUAUGGACUCCGGUGGAACCUCUGAUCCUUAUGUCAGGGUCCUUCUCUUCCCUGACAAGAAGAAGAAGUUUGACACAAAGGUGCACAAGAAAACUCUGAAUCCUGUCUUCAAUGAGACAUUUGUUUUCAAGGUGCCCUAUGAAGAACUGGGUGGUAAAAUCCUGACGAUGUCAGUGUACGACUAUGACAGAUUUUCCAAACAUGACGUCAUUGGGGAAGUGAAGAUUCCCAUGAAUACCAUUGACCUCGGACGUCCUAUAGAAGAAUGGCGGGACCUCGAGAGCGCCGACCAAGAGGAGCCUGAGAAACUUGGAGACAUCUGCAUCUCCCUCCGUUACGUCCCCACCGCUGGAAAACUCACCGUCUGCAUCCUGGAGGCAAAGAAUCUAAAGAAGAUGGAUGCCUGUGGCUUGUCUGAUCCCUACGUGAAAAUCCAGCUACUGCAGGGAGGAAAGCGUCUUAAGAAAAAGAAGACAACUGUGAAGAAGAACACCCUAAAUCCAUAUUACAAUGAAUCAUUCAGCUUUGAAAUCCCACUGGAACAGAUGCAGAAAAUAUUGGUGGUUAUCACAGUGUUUGAUUAUGACAAGAUAGGUAAGAACGAUGCCAUUGGGAAGAUCUUUGUUGGAAGCAAGGCUACCAGCUUGGGUCUUAAGCACUGGUCAGACAUGCUGGCUAAUCCGCGCCGCCCCAUCGCCCAGUGGCACCCAUUGCAGCCAGAGGAGGAUAUUGAUGGUCAGCUUGCAGCGCUGGCAGCAAAGAAGUAACAAGCCUCAUCAACCAGCUAUCGCUCUGACUCGGAAAAUCAUUCUUUGCAUGAAUCCUAUGACUUAUCAGAUGACUACUUGUCAUAAAUCUUGCUCAGCAAAAAAGAAACAUCUUAGGAUAACGUCGUAUACACAGUUAAGUUGAUGGAAACUCUUUUCAAGCAUCCAAUCUCAGUUUGUGGCAAGAAAAUAGUGAAGAGUUAUUGGGUCAGUAGUUCAUGAAUGAUCAGUUUUUGGUCUUUUUUGCUCUAAAGAAGCUGAUUUACAGGGUGCUGAAAAUGGAUGAAAAUAAUGUUAAAGACAAUACUGGAUAAAAAGCUUUAGUUUAGUUUUUGGAGCAUGCUUUACUUACCUCCCCUCUGCUCUGCGCACAGCAUACCUAGUAUUGUAUGUUGCUUAUAAGUGUGCUAUGCCCUGCAAUAGAAAGUGUUAUAGUGUGGAGCAAAGGGCUGGUUUGCAUCCAUUAGCAUUAGUAGAUUUAUUUAGAAUGAAACCGGUUGAGGUCAUUGAGUAGAGCAAAUAGUGCUGCAGUUUCUUUUUGAUAAUUUUAUGUCAACAUUUAAUACGCAAGAAAUUUCACAACUCUUAGCAAGAAUGACAAGAGUAUUGACAUUUUUUGCUCGUUUGUUUUGCCAUGAAGACACAUCUAUGCAUUUAGGAUAAACACACAGAUGGCAUAUCAGAUGCAGAAUGGGAACAUGAGUGUGCCUUCCUGAUGAAUAAAUGUUGAGACAUGCAUUGUUUAUGUCCUAGAGGCUGAGCCUUAUUGAAAAGUUUUGAAGGUGCCAUCUGAAUUAAGGCUUGAGCUGUGCCGACUAUAUGGGUAUAAAAAAUUCUUGUCUGUGAAAGAAUACAGACCCCAGAGAGAUUACCACUUAUGCUCAAAUACAUUUGGCUUAUUUUCAAAUGCUGCUUUUGCAAACUUGUUUUAUUUUGUUGUCCUUUUUUUGUCUUUGGUUGAUGUAUUGUACUUUAACCUACACCCUGUCAAAAUAAAAACUUUUUCAUAGAGAAGGGGACGAGAAACGUAAAAAUGUGAAUUUUAAAAUUUCACAUUUUUUAAAUGAAUGUGAAUUUGUGUGUAAAAUUCAACUUUGUAGACUAUUAACAUGGUAACUGCUGCAUCAUACAGUGCACAUAUUCUUGUCCUAAACCAAAAAGAGCUGCAUAUUUUAGCAUUCAUCAUGCUUCACAGCAAAUUAAAUUAAUGGAAAUGCUCAGUCAGAAUCUUCAUUAACAGCUUAUUAUAGAGUUCAUCUAACCCACAGAGGACUGACACCCCUGCCAAAGUACUUCUAAUACUACACUGUGAGUAUUAAUCAUUACAAAAACUAAUUUUAAAAUUUUAAAACCAGUAAAUUUUAAAUAAUAAACUAUUUUGAAGAAAUUUGAAGGUGUGCAGUAUUAAAAGUGUUCUGCUUCAAACUGUCUGAUAUAAAUAUUUAGAGACAUGGAUACAUACAUCCGAAAGAUAGUAUAUGUUUAGACUUAGUAGUUUAGUGAUUUUAACAUUAAAUUCCAAAAACACAGUAGGAGAGUUCAGUUGAUUUGAACAGUUCCUUUAGAAGAAUUUUGUUUUCACAUUUGAAUUAUUUAAAUAAUGUUGACCAGCAGAGAGUAAUUGAGUUCAUCCACAGUGCUUCCAUUUGCUGCAGAAAUUAUGCAUUAAGCCCAGCUGUUAAUAGUCUACAGCAUGUAAUUACAAGAUGAUGUAAAUAUUAGCAUGUUUUAAAGAGAAUCUAUAACUAUGAUGUGUAUGUGUGUGUAUGUGUUCAGUGUACUUUUUGAUAAUAAAAUGGAGUAAAAACAAACGUAUGCACUGACUGAAAAGUGUAUGUAUUUUUUCCUCACUGGGACUGAGUGUAUGAUUGAAUAAUCUGAUUUAAUAGGUUAACCGUGUGUUUGUUUUGUGUAAUAAUUGUUCAAACUUCCAAAGUUUAAAAAUAAAUACUGCAUGAAUGUGUUUUUUUUCCAUUGUUUCAUGUGUGUUAUGAUAUAAUCUGACUGAAAAUCAGUUAAUGUUCAUUUCUAAUAGCACUGUGUGUUUGUCACUAAGCAGCAGACUGUAUAUAUUUAAGCCCCUUUGCCCCAGUGUACCUCUAAGUGUUUCCAUUGUUCAUUCCUGCCAAAUGAAAAUCAGACACAGAAAAAAAGUCUUGUAGCUCCUUAUCUCACAUUAAUCUACCUAACCUUCUGUUUUUGUGUUUGAAUAUUACAUAACAUUAUUCAUUUUGUAUUCCUAAUACAAUGUUUGGUUCUGUUAAAGAUUAUCACAUCAUAUUGGUCUGGCUGUUCUCUUGCUCAGCAUGAGUCUUCUCAUCUCAAAUGCCACUCUCUGAAUGAAAAGUCUGUUUUCUAAUGGUUUGCAAUGAGAUCAGAUGGUGUUGUUCCACUUUUGCAUGUUUUGAUUUGUGUCUCUCCAAUUAUUUUCUGUUUUUUUUUGUUUUUUUUUCAAAAUUCACUACAGUCUUACUCACUGAGAUAUAUUUUUAAUACCAAUUAGACUGUCUCUAUUCAUCUAAGGAACAAAGAGAAUGAUAAAAUAUCAAUCUGCAAGUUGCUUCUUUGUGAAGAGACACCUCAUUAGGAUCAUCUCUAAUAUGUGUCGACUCUUUUUCCUUCAUUUUAUCUUGAAUUUCUUAACCUCUAGAACCCGACGGACCCACCGGUGGGUCCAUCGGGUUCUAUUAAGAAUGCAAGAUAAAAGAAUUGUGUAAUUAGUUUCCAUUGCUCAAAAUGCAGACAACUGAGAUGCAGACAACAAAAUCCCAUGUCUUCCUGGGCCUCUCAAGCACAGAGCAGACCCAAACUUUGCAAAACCAACAUUCACAAUGCAAUACUGCCAACAUUCUUUUCAGAUUCGACCACGCUUGUCUCUCGUCACUCUUGCUUCGGUCUACUGUAGAAGAGUAUCAAUAGAUGUGCCUUUUUGUGACAUGCAUGAUUUUGUUUAAUUGAAAAGUCAUUUUUGCAGUAACAGAAAGACUAAAAGAAACGCAUAAAAAAGAAUCAACUCAAGUAGAUAAUAAAACUCAAGGGAGAAAGGACAUACCUGUGUGUUGUCAAACUGUAAUCACAGCAAAUAAAAAUGUUUUGUGUA